AUGGCGGAGCUCUCUCUACAGCAACAACAAAAGAAAAAAGGACUUCAAAAAAGACUUUCGGGGGCCCCUCAAGGGGGCCCCCAAGGGGCCCCCAAGGGGAAGCACAGGCACUCUGAAGUCCCCCAAGAGGAGGGGCCCCCCGGGGGCCCCCAGGGGGCCCCUGCGGGGCCCCACAAGACCCCGGGGGGCCUCCUGGGGCCCCCGGGGGGCCCCCUGGGGGCCCCCCGCCCCAAGAGCCUCCUCGGGCUAAGGAGCCCCAGGGGGCCCCUGGGGGGCCUUUUGUCUGAGUCUGCUUUUGCUGCUCAAGAAAAGAAAAGACAUACAAUGAUUAGCAGCAACAACAGCAGCAACAACAGCAGCAGCAGCAGCAGCAGCGGCGUCGCUGACAGCAGCAACGACAGCGGCAGCGACAGCAGCAACGAAGGCCGCAGCAGAAGCAGCAGCAGCAGCAGCAGCCGCAGCAGCGAACUGCGCGACUCUGUCUUGGGCGCUUCUGUACACUGGAGUGGGCUGCCAGGCCUAGAGGCAGCUGGAAGUGCAGCAGCAGCAGCAGCAGCAGCAGCAGCAGCAGCAGCAGAGAACAUGGGGACCGACACUGCAGCAGCUGGGAAGGAUGCAAAGGCAUCAGCUGCACCUGCUGCAGCACCUGCAGCAGCAGAAGCAGCAGCAGCGGGUCCAACAGCAACAGCAGCAGUUCUACCACCAGCAGCAGCAGCAGCAGCAGCAGCAGAAGCCAAGGACGCGGCGGCAACAGCAGCAACAGCAACAAGCGCAGCAGCAGCAGUAGCGGAGAAAAAAGCUGAAGGUGCAGCAGCAGCCAAGGCAGCCAAAGCAGCAGCAGACACAGCAGCGACACAGAAGAUACAAGCAGCAGCAGUAGCAGCAGACGCAGCAGCAGCAGAAGCAGCCAAAAGAGCGCAGGUGGUAGCAGCAGCAGCACACGAUGCAGCAGCAGCAGCACUUUCUUCUGCAGCAGCACGAACAGCCGCAGCAGCGGCAGCACUGCCUGCAGCAGCAACAGCAGCAACAGCAGCAACAGCAACAGCAGAAGCAGCAGCAACAGCAACAGCAGAAGCAGGCACGACAGCAGCAAGGGACAAAGCAGCCCCAGCAACGCCGACCAGUUCAGCAGCAGCAGCAGCAGCAGCAACGGCAGCAGCAGCGGCAGCAAAGAGCAAGGACACUGUACAAGCAGCAGCAAAAGCAGCAGCAGUGAAUGGCAAAAUCAGCAGCAGCAGCAGCAGCAGCAGCAGCAGCAAACGCGAAGCUGCAGGCUCUGCAGAACGUAGCGCUGCAGCAUCUUCAGCAGAAAAGCAGUAG